AUGAAUCGCCACUUGUACGGCGAGAAGCACGGUCUGCCGCUUGAUCAUUUGGCCUACGAUUACGAAUUUGGGAGGUUCAUCGACCUGGAUCGCCCAUACGAUCAGAGUCACUUUCCUCUUGAACGUCACUCGGAGGGUCAACAGGUUCUUACACCUGAAGAAGAGUGGAUUUUCGAAGAUGGAACUGCUGCUUGGGAGUACCUCACCCACCCUGACUGCAAUUUCGCUCCCACGGCACAUGCGAUAUACACUCACCGCCCCGACUCCUGGUUAGUUUCUCAGAUCUGGCACUUCAAACACAUCUCAGAGGCCAGGAUCAUCGACAACGAGCUGUACUUGCGUCGCCGCCAUGUCAUCAAAGGUCCCCCGGUCUCGGUUGCCUCGUUCAAGUAUCUUCUGGAAAGCGUUGAUCUGCCGCUCUGCCGCCAUAUUCGGCCGAGCGGAUAUUAUAGGCUCGAUAGCAGGUAUUACUACCACGUGGAUAUGGGGCUCCCGGAGAUUAGGAACUUGGAACUCGGUCAUGACGUCCAAGUCUCUCGAUCCUGUCGAGUGUGCUACACUGACUAUAUCCUCGUGAUAGAGAAUCCCAACACCUCAACGGGAUGGACACUGGACUUUAUCACCUUCCACCGGUUUGGCUACUGCAGGAGCCUAAGCGAACCAAUUUGGCAGUGCGCCACCAGAAGUGCUUCGUACUUGCCGGUGAGGGGCGGCGAGAACCUCAGAGGUCGGAGGCGUUUUCACAAAGACAAUACCAUACAUGGGAGUGGACGAGGUAUGAUCUAUGCCCGGUUUCAUCGGGCUUUAACUGGAGGGGAUGUCUCCUGGUGGCAUGAUGGCCGGUAUUGGGAUUGGGUUCAAGAUGACAUUGUUUCUCGGCUUCUUCACAGUGGCGAUGCCUAUAAAUUUCCAUCUCCAUGGCUGGACCUCUUUGAUUAA